CUUCCCUCGGAGUCCUCGUCGCCCAGUCAGUGUGAGGAAAAGAUCGAAAGGACAUUGGCGCGAGUUAAUUAGCGUGACAAACCGUCUAAGCCACUAAUGACAGUAUUCCCGCUUCAACACUCGCAGACAACUCCCUCUUCCAAAAACUGUGAAUUUGGCAGAAGAUUAGAAUAGAUAUAGAGGAAAUCAUAAGUGGGGCUGUCGCUGCUGCGGUCAUUCUUCCUUCGAUACCUGGCCAUACCCUUUCUCUACUUCCGAGCACGCCGGCCGCACGGUCAUGGUCUUACCCAGAACCCGACCCGCACGGGCCUUCGAACCCUCUCCAAUCCCACCACUAAACAAACCCCCGCGUCCCAGCAGCACCACAUUGCCUCCCCGCAAACGCCCACCACCACCCGUCAUUGCCAAUCUCCUCAACUGCAAAUACACCAUCGUGCGCGAAUGCUGCGAACGGAAAGGGUUUCGUAUCGCGAAGGAGGAUGAAAAUGAGGGGUGGACGCUGUUUUGGAUUGAUACGGGGGUUAGCGUUGAACGGGUUCUUAACAUGCCCCCGCACACAUUCAUAAAUCACUUCCCCGGCAUGCAAGAAAUCUGCCGCAAAGACUCCCUCGCCCGCAACCUCGCCCGUCUCUCCCGCCUCUUCCCCUCGGACGCCAAAUUCUUCCCGCGCACAUGGGUCCUCCCCCUCGAAUACACCGAUCUCAAAUCCUCGCACGCCACCGCCAAAAAAUCACGCAAAUGCUACAUCGUGAAGCCGGACCACGGAUGCCAGGGCAAAGGGAUCUUCCUGAUAUCCGACCCGGCGGAGUUGGAGGGGGUCGUGAGGGAGCUACGCGGGAUGAGUUCGGUGAUUGUGCAGACGUACCUCCCCCGCCCGUGCCUGAUCGACGGGUUCAAGUUUGAUCUGAGGGUGUAUGUGCUCGUCACCUCCGUCGACCCGCUCCGCAUCUUCCUCUACCACGAUGGCCUCGCGCGUUUCGCUACCUCCCCCUACCACGAGCCCCGGGAGUCGAAUCUAGCUGACGUGUGCAUGCAUUUGACGAAUUACGCGAUUAAUAAGCAUUCGGGGAGGUUUGAUUAUGAUGUUGGGGAGGGGAGGGGGAGUAAGCGGAGUAUUCGGAGUGUGUUGGGGGUGCUGGAGGAACGGGUGGGGAGGGAGAAGGUGGAACGGCUGUGGAGGAGGGUGGGGGAUGUGGUUGUGAAGACAUUGUUGACGGUGCAGCCGCAGUUGGUGAGGAAUGUGAGGGCGGGGUUUCCGAGGGGCGGAGGGAAAUCACCCUCUGCCGGAGACACCACGUUACCUCAGUCACCGCAACAGCAACAACAACCACCCCAACGCACUAUAUCACCCUCACCCUGCUUUGAGAUCCUCGGCUUCGACAUCUUCCUCGACCACAAGCUCAAACCCUGGGUGCUGGAAGUUAACCACUCGCCAAGUUUCACAUGCGACAGCGCGCUGGAUGCGGAGAUCAAGCGGGGGGUUAUUGGCGAUGCGAUCGGGUUGGUUGAUGUGCGGGCUGUCAGGGGGAAGGGUGGCAAAGCGGGCAGGAGAGGGAAGGCUGCGGCGGGUGUGAGGACGGAUGAUGUGGGGGUGAUGAAGCCGCAACCGAGUUCGGCGGCAGACACGAGCAAACCGGGCACACCACUCUACCCAACCCCGCCGUCCUCGACCUCAACGUCCCACACUGACCUCUCACGGCCGCUCACCUCUGACACUACAACAGCACCACCACCGCAUCUCUCACCAGAAGCCCACGCCGCCCUCACCGCCUAUCACGCCCUCUACCCGCCCUCGGAGCUCGCGAAGCUGGAAGCGACGGAAAAUGAAAAGUUGGGCGGGUGGAGACGGAUCUACCCGCCUCCGUCAUCAUCAUCAUCGUCAUCUCCGAAUACCAAACCGGGGCAGGCAGAAGCAGAAGCCGAAGCGAAACUAGCCCACUACCUCCUCCUUCAACACGAAGCAGCCAACAUCUUCACCGAGACCCUCUCCACCAAACGGCGACGUGAAUACAUCGCUACAAAACGGAGAGAGGACGAAGAAAAGAUCUCUAAACUUGAGCGGUGGCGGAAGGGGAGGGUUGCUGCUUCUACUUUGUCGAAGGGGAAUCUGGUGGGCGGGACGGGGACGGGAAGCUUGCCUGCGAUGCCGGUACC